CGCUCCCGGGGAGAGGGUUAGUUGCCUCGCUUGGUGCGGAGGGCACCACAUCCCGGCCCCGAGGUCGCCCCUCACCGCACGCCAACCGCGCACCGCUCUGGUCUCACGGUUAACGGUUGUUUUCCGCGGGGGCGGGGGGACAGGCCAUGUCUGUUGUGGUGGUGCAGUUGGGGCAGUGCGGUAACCAAGUGGGCCGCGAGCUGUUCGAGGUGGUGGACAGCGAUGCUCGGGGCCAGGGCGCCAAGGCGGACGGCGAGCGAUACCGAGAGGCCUCGCUCGACAGAUUCUUCAGCUGCGAAGAAAGCGGAGGCAACGUGCCGACUGCUCGGGCUGUGCUGGUGGACAUGGAGUCAAAGGUCAUUGGCCGUACCUUGUCCAGUGCCGCAAAAACUGGCCGUUGGAAAUAUGGGGACAAGAACUAUUUCUGUCAGAAAAAGGGCUCUGGAAACAACUGGGCAAACGGAUUCUACAUACAUGGGCCUAAGUGUGAAGAUGCUGUUAUGAACCUGGUGCGGCAGGAGGUGGAGAAGUGUGAUCGGCUGAGUGGCUUUAUCACAACGAUGAGCCUGGCUGGUGGCACAGGGUCGGGGCUGGGAACGUACGUCACUGGGUGCUUGCGGGACACGUACCCAAACUCCUUCAUCUUAAACCAUGUUAUCUGGCCUCAUAGAACUGGAGAGGUCAUUGUGCAGAAUUAUAACUCGGUGCUGACGCUCUCCCACUUAUAUCAGUCGUCGGACGGACUGCUCAUCCAUGAGAAUGACACCAUUCACAAGAUCUGCUCUCAACUGCUGAACAUCAAACAGAUCUCCUUCACAGACGUCAAUAAAGUGAUCGCUCACCAGCUGGGCAGCAUCCUGCAGCCCGUAUGUACUGGGCUGUGCCUCACAGAGUACAGCAGAAGCCCUCUGGGUGAUCUGAUGGAGACUCUAGUUACACAUCCAGAGUACAAGCUGCUGAGUGCGAUGAGCAUUCCACAGAUGUCGGACACAUCCUUGGCGUUUAGCACCUUCACGUGGCUGGGCCUCAUGAAGCAUUUGCGACAAAUGCUGAUCUCUAACACCAAAAUGGAGGAAGGCAUUGAUUGGCAGGUGAGGCCGACCCCUGCAGGGCUUCCUGUGGCUGCAAAAAUAUCUCCAAAUAAGGAGCUGCGCUUCAAUACAUCUGUGUCCAACUUGCUGAUCUUACGAGGAAAGGAGGUGCAGAACGCUGAGACUGGUGGGUUUAACGAUCAGGCGUUGUACACCUCCUGGACACCAGCAGAGUCAGCCCUCUCGGUGUGGCAAGCUUCCCAAACCUUCAACAAAUAUGAAAGAUCGGCCACCAUGGUCAGUAACAGUCAGUCGGUCCUGAAGCCGCUGGAUAGUGUUGUGAGGAAAGCCUGGAAUAUGUUUGCUUCCAGAGCCUACGUGCACCAGUAUACAAAGUAUGGAAUCGCAGAAGAAGAUUUUCUGGACAGCUUUACCACCAUGGAGCAAGUGGUUGCAAGUUAUUCUAACCUUUGAUUAAAGGGAACAAACACUACUGGCUGGACCUGUGUGUGUACAUUCACAUUUAAUCUCAUCUCUGAGGUAUACCACCACCACCAAUUUCACCAUCUUCUCCCUCGGCCUGACUCGAGAGCGCAUCCUUCUCCAGAAUUACAAACCAGUUUAUAUAAUUUUGUACAGAUAUUUAAACUUUUGUCUUUUUUGUAUUAUUUUGUAUUUAAUACAAAUUAUGUUAUUGUAUUGCAUUUCUUCCAAUGGGAAGGUUAAAAUAAGUCAUGUUAAACCUGUUGCUAGAUAUAAUUAGAGGCGAGAUAACAAGCUGUCACAAUGCCUAGCACGUGUUUUUCAUGCAAUAAAAUACACCCAGUCUCUUCCUGGACUUCAUAGACCUUGUUAGGUCCUGCAAAGUCAUCAUAGAUCUCCGUGAUCUCACUCCACUUUUCCAAUAUAUUCUCCAGCCGUUCUUUUAACUGGCUAUUAUUUGCUCCGCCAUUAGUAGCCAAGUCUUCAGUCAUCAGACCUGUCACACCUUGCCCUGCAUCGCUCACUGUUUUGUACGCCUCCUAGUAUUCCUUUAGUUAGUAUUUUUUUAAA